ACAGGUCUUGUUCGAGACGAUGGGAAUGUUUCAUGCACUGAGUGCCGUGUUUGCUGUCACUCUCCUAGUAAGCGAAUGUGGUGCAAACCUAUCAAGAGUAUGUGGCAGACCUUCAUCCUCAAUAGAUGAAGGACAGAAUGCUUCAUCUGGUGCUUGGCCAUGGCAGGUCAGUCUUCAUUGGCGCUAUGGACAGUUCUGUGGUGGAUCGCUCAUUAACAAUGAAUGGGUACUGACAGCAGCUCACUGCUUUUCUAGUUAUUCAACCACUGGCCUGACUGUGUACCUGGGCCGACAGACACAGUCAGGAUCCAAUCCAAAUGAGGUGAACAGAACUGUCUCCAGAAUCAUCAUUCAUUCAAACUACAGUAUUUUCACUGGUGACAAUGACAUUGCUCUUCUGCAUUUGUCUUCACCUGUGUUUUUUACUGACUAUAUAAGACCAGUCUGCCUGGCGGCAGCAGGCAGCAGCUUCUUCAACGGCACAAUGAGCUGGGUCACUGGAUGGGGAGAUACUGACUCUAGUGUUUCUUUGGAUGCACCACAAAAUCAACAAGUGCAGGUGCCUGUCAUUGGAAACAGAAAGUGUAAAUGUUUGUAUGCUGGAAACAGUAACAUCACAAACAACAUGAUCUGUGCUGGACCAUUACAAGAUGGGAAAGACCCCUGCCAGGGUUAUUCUGGUGGACCUAUGGUCAGCAAUAUGGGCUCACUCUGGGUCCAGUCUGGCAUUGUGAGCUUUUGUAGAGGGUGUGCAUUACCCAAUUUUCCUGGUGUGUAUACCAGAGUUUCUCAGUACCAGAGUUGGAUCAACCAGCAGAUCACCAGAAUACAGCCAGGUUUCAUUAAAUUCACCUCCAAUGGAGCUGAUGGUGACUUAAGUGUGAGCUGUGCCAGUGUACCUGCCAUUAUAUCAAUUGCUGCAGUAUGUGGCAGACCUUCAUUCUCAAUAUUUGGAGGACAGAAUGCUUCCUCUGGUGCUUGGCCGUGGCAGGUCAGUCUUCAUGGGAGCUCUGGUCAUUUCUGUGGUGGAUCACUCAUCAACAAUGAAUGGGUACUGACAGCAGCUCACUGCUUUUCCAGUUACAGUAAUUCAACCACUGGCCUGACUGUGUACCUGGGCCGACAGACACAGUCAGGAUCAAAUCCAAAUGAGGUGAUCAGAACUGUCUCCAAAAUCAUCAUUUAUCCAAACUAUAAUAAAUUCACUGGUGACAAUGACAUUGCUCUUCUGCGUUUGUCUUCACCUGUGGGUUUUACUGACUAUAUAAUACCGGUCUGCCUGGCAUCAGCAGGCAGCAGCAUCUUCAACGGCACAUUGAGCUGGGUCACUGGAUGGGGAGAUACUGACUCUGGUGUUUCUCUGGCUGCACCACAAACUCUACAGGAAGUGCAAAUGCUUGUCAUUGGAAACAGAAAGUGUAAAUGCCUUUAUUCUCCAUUCAGUAUCACAAACAAUAUGAUCUGUGCUGAACCAUUACAAUGCGGGAACGGCUCCUGCCAGGGUGACUCUGGUGGACCUGUCGUCAUCAAACAUGGCUCAGUCUGGAUACAGUCUGGUAUUGUAAGUUUCGGUAGAGGGUGUGCUUUAUCCAAUUUUCCUGGUGUGUCUACCCGAGUUUCUCAGUACCAGAGUUGGAUCAACAAGUGUAUCAGCACCAACAAACCCGGUUUCAUAAAAUUCACCUCCAAUGGUACUGAUGGUGACUUAAGCGUGAGCUGUGCCCGUGUACCUGCCAUUAUAUCAACUGCUGAAGUAUGUGGGAGACCUUCAUUCUCGAUAGUUGAAGGACAGAAUGCUUCCUCUGGUGCUUGGCCAUGGCAGGUCAGUCUUCAUGGAAGCUCUGGACAUUUCUGUGGUGGAUCACUCAUCAACAAUGAAUGGGUACUGACGGCUGCUCAGUGCUUUUCCAGUACUUUAACCACUGGCCUGACUGUGUACCUGGGCCGACAGACACAGUCAGGAUCAAAUCCAAAUGAGGUGAACAGAACGGUCUCUCAAAUCAUCAUUCAUCCAAACUACAGUUUAUUGACUGGUGACAAUGACAUUGCUCUUCUGCAUUUGUCUUUACCUGUGGGUUUUACUGACUAUAUAAAACCAGUCUGCCUGGCGGCAGCAGGCAGCACCUUCUUCAAUGGCACAAUGAGCUGGGUCACUGGAUGGGGAGAUACGGACUCUGGGUUUUCUCUGGCUGCAUCACAAACUCUACAGGAAGUGCCUGUCAUUGGGAACAUAAUGUGUAAAUGUCUUUAUGCUGAAUACAGUAACAUCACAGACAACAUGAUCUGUGCUGGACCAUUACAAGACAGGAAUAACUGCCAGGGUGAUUCUGGUGGACCUAUGGUCAGCAAUCAGGGCUCAGUCUGGGUCCAGUCUGGCAUUGUAAGCUUUGAUAACGGGUGUGCAUUACCUAAUUUUCCUGGUGUGUAUACCAGAGUUUCUCAGUACCAGAGUUGGAUCAACCAGCAGAUCACCACCAACCAGCCUGGUUUCAUUAAAUUCACCUCCAAUGGUACUGAUGGUGACUCAAGCGUGAGCUGUGCCAGUGUACCUGCCAUUACAUCAACUGCUGUCCCUUCAAAUAUUACAACAACCAUCCCCACCGCCACUAACACUACUACUUCAACUACAAUUACUACUACUACUAAUACUACUUCUACUACUACUACUACUACUACUACAACAACCACUGCACUAUGUGGCAGACCUUCAUUUUCAAUAGUUGAAGGACAGAAUGCUUCCUCUGGUGCUUGGCCGUGGCAGGUCAGUCUUCAUGGAAGCUCUGGACAUUUCUGUGGUGGAUCACUCAUCAACAGUGAAUGGGUACUGACAGCAGCUGACUGCUUUUCCAGUUAUUCAACCACUGGCCUGACUGUGUAUCUGGGCCGACAGACACAGUCAGGACCAAAUCCAAAUGAGGUGAACAGAACGGUCUCCCAAAUCAUCAUUCAUCCAAACUACAAUAUAUUGACUGGUGACAAUGACAUUGCUCUUCUGCAUUUGUCUUCACCUGUGGUUUUUACUGACUAUAUAAUACCAGUCUGCUUGGCGGCAGCAGACAGCAGCUUCUUCAACGGCACAAUGAGCUGGGUCACUGGAUGGGGAGAUACUGACUCUGGAGUUUCUCUGGCUGCAUCACGAACUCUACAAGAAGUGCAAGUGCCUGUCAUUGGGAACAGAAAGUGUAAAUGUCUUUAUGCUGAAUACAGUAACAUCACAGACAACAUGAUCUGUGCUGGACCAUUACAAGCUGGAUUCUGCCAGGGUGAUUCUGGUGGACCUAUGGUCAGCAAUCAGGGCUCAGUCUGGAUCCAGUCUGGCAUUGUAAGCUUUGAUAACGGGUGUGCAUUACCCAGUUUACCUGGUGUGUAUACCAGAGUUUCUCAGUAUCAGAGUUGGAUCAACCAGCAGAUCACCACUAACCAGCCUGGUUUCAUUACAUUCACCUCCAAUGGCACUGAUGGUGACUCAAGCGUGAGCUGUGCCAGUGUACCUGCCAUUACAUCAACUGCUGUCCCUUCAAAUAUUACAACAACCAUCCCCACCGCCAUUAAUACUACUACCUCAACUACUAUUAAUACUACUACUAAUACUACUACUAAUACUACUACUACUUCUUCUACUACUACUACUACAACAACCACUGCACAAAUCGAGACUCAUCAGACCAGGCAACAUUUUACCAGUCUUCAACUGUCCAAUUUAGUAUGUGGCAGACCUUCAUUCCCAAUAGUUGAAGGACAGAAUGCUUCAGUUGGUGCUUGGCCAUGGCAGGUCAGUCUUCAUCGGAGCUAUGGACAUUUCUGUGGUGGUUCACUCAUCAACAAUGAAUGGGUACUGACAGCAGCUCACUGCUUUUACAGUUAUUCAACCACUGGCCUGACUGUGUACCUGGGCCGACAGACACAGUCAGGAUCAAAUCCAAAUGAGGUGAACAGAACUGUCUCCAAAAUCAUCAUUCAUCCAAACUACAGUAGAUUAACUUAUGACAAUGACAUUGCUCUUCUGCAUUUGUCUUCACCUGUGGUUUUUACUGACUAUAUAUUACCGAUCUGCCUGGCGGCAGCAAACAGCAGCUUCUUCAAUGGCACAAUGAGCUGGGUCACUGUAUGGGGAUAUACUGACUCUGGAGUUGCCUCACAAACUCUACAAGAAGUUCAAGUGCCUGUCAUUGGGAACAGAAAGUGUAAAUGUCUUUAUGCUGGAAACAGUAACAUCACAAACAAUAUGAUCUGUGCUGGACCAUUACAAGGUGGAUUCUGCCAGGGAGAUUCUGGUGGACCUAUGGUCAGCAAACAGGGCUCAGUCUGGAUCCAGUCUGGGAUUGUAAGUUUCGGUAGAGGGUGUGUUUCACCCAAGGUUCCUGGUGUGUAUACCCGAGUUUCUCAGUACCAAAGUUGGAUCAACCAGCAGAUCGCAACCAACCAGCCUGGUUUCAUUACAUUCACCUCCAAUGGUACUGAUGGUGACUUGAGCACGAGUUGUGCCAUAUCAAGUGCUUUAGCCAUCAUAUCAUCACAAUCAUCACAAUCCUCACAAUCCUCACAUUCAUCACAAUCAUCACAAUCAUCACAAUCCUCACAAUCCUCACAUUCAUCGCAAUCCUCACAAUCCUCACAUUCAUCGCAAUCAUCACAAUCCUCACAUUCAUCGCAAUCAUCACAAGUUUCCCCCACCAGUUUUACUGCUGCACUCUUGCUUUUACUUACAGCACUCCAGAUCUUUUAUUGAGACUGAGAUCAGUAAUGUCUAAGAAGAAACACAUCACCUAGAUUACCAUUGUAGAUUACUGUAAAAACUAAGAGGAAUGAUACGUUUUCAUUUGAUUCAUCUGAUACAGUUAAUUAGACUUAGGUGAACUGAAAUAUUCUUAUACAAGUUGUUAUUUUAGACCAUACAGGGCUUUAUGUUGUUUCAUUGGCAGUAGAAUAAAUGCAAAGCUAAAAUGUAACCAGGAAGCUUUUUAAUAUCAGCCAGUUACACUGUACAAUUUCUGUGGAACUUUAUAAAACUUUAUAGACUUGAUAGAAAUGUCCCAGUUUAUCUACAUUAUCUAAAUUAGAGAGUACUUCAAAAAAAAAUGUAAAUUAAGUGUUGUUUUUAUUUUUUCAUGAAGGUGUGAUUUUAAAGAAAAACAGAUUUGUUGGGAUUUCCUUUGGGCAAACUUCUACUUUUCUUAGUAAUAUUUUAGGUCGUAAACAUUUUUACUAUUAACAUUACAAUUAAAAAGUUGUUGUGAAAUUCA